AUGGCGCAGUCGCCUCUCGUUCCGCCACUUCGGGAUUAUUGCUCCUAUCUCGACUUCCAAGUCCAGCAAUGGAUUCAGUCGAUUCCGCGGGAGUUACGUUUCGAUCCAUCGGAGCGUGGAUCAGGCUCUGCCCCUCAAACAGACAACGUGAUGAUGCUACAGGUUCUGCUUGCCCUCCAGGCAAAUCAACUUCGUAUCCUCGUGUACCGACAGAACUUGCUAUCUGGAGAGAGCAUCGAGACCAAUGUCUCUGGGGCUUCGGUUGCCGUCGAAACGGCUAAGAGCACCGUCCACAUGCUGGACUACUUCUCACGGAUUUCGAGAUCUAUUUCCAGCGUCCAGAGCCGUUCAAUUACUUCCUUAUUUCUGGCCCUGGCGGCACUAUUCCUAGCUGUGUUACAUGCUCCUUCACAAUUUAGUCAGAAGAUUAUCCGGAGCUUGAAGCUGAUCAGGCUGAAUCUGCCACCGGGACGAGACGUACCAUGCCAUCAACGAGAACGAAAACACUCUCAACAGCAUCGAAUUGCCCAGUCAGCUUCAUUACCAACGGCUACCCCUUCGGCCAACCCUGUCUCACAACCGAAUCAGCAGCAGCAGAAUCCUGCAUCUGCGACACCCACACCCGCAGGUAGCGGCAUCUCUCUGGUCCUUCUCCCUGCACCUACGAUGACCGACGAUCAUGCUCGAAAUGAUAAUAGCUGCGAGGACCUCACCAGUUUCUUUGAACUAGCGGGUGGUUUAUACUUUGAUCCUCGAACGGACCGAAUGACGGGCUGGCUACGGAGACAGGAACCGAGGGGAUUGCAUUCCAGGCGGAGGAAGAAGCAUUGA